GAGGAGGCGUGACGCUGCCGGGUCAUGUGAGCGUCAUCAACGGCUCCGGGGCCAGAGAGCAGAGCAGCGGAGAGCUCCAUGACACCGGCUCACAGAAAGCUCUCUACCGGGAUGGAAGAGGGGAGUUUGAACGCAGAAGCCGGGCUGUGACCGCCACAUCGACAGAUGCUACCGUGACAGCCGGUGAUGGAUCAGUGCUCCAUCUUUAACUGUGAUGGAUGAGGUGGUAACAAAGCUCCUCCUCGCCCCCAUUUAAACCUGCUCUCGCUGAGAUUUCCCACUUUCAUCUCACAGAUUUGCUCUGAUUGAUGGCAACAUGAUCCGUGUGCUGAUAUAACAAACUACUUUCUCUAUCGUUGGUCUCCAUUCGCCCGUGCAGUUCGCUUGGCGCCGACUAGCGAGGCCCACUGCAGCCAUGACGUCCAAGUCGGCCCUCCUGAAGGUGAUCCUUCUGGGCGACGGCGGUGUCGGCAAAUCAUCGCUCAUGAACCGCUACGUCACCAACAAGUUUGACUCGCACCUCUUCCACACUAUUGGCGUGGAAUUCCUCAACAAGGAGCUGGAGGUGGACGGCCACCACGUCACCCUGCAGAUCUGGGACACGGCGGGUCAGGAGCGCUUCCGCAGCCUCCGCACGCCUUUCUACCGCGGCUCCGACUGCUGCCUGCUCACCUUCAGCGUGGACGACGGACAGAGCUUCCGCAACCUGGCUAACUGGAAGAAGGAGUUCACGUAUUACGCUGACGUGAAGGACCCUGACAACUUCCCCUUCGUGGUGCUGGGCAACAAACUGGAUGUGCCCGAGCGGCAGGUGUCAGGGGAGGAUGCUCGGCAGUGGUGUCGCGAGAACGGCGGCCACCCGUACUUUGAGACAAGCGCCAAGGAUGCUACAAACGUAGCAUCGGCCUUCGAGGAGGCGGUACGUCGCAUUCUGGCGUUGGACGACAGAGCUGAUCACCUGAUCAACACCAACACAGUGGAUCUGCAUCUGAAGAAGAGUCUCCCUGACCCCAGCUGCUGCUGAGCGGAGCGCUGAAUGUGAGCGCUCAUGUGAUGCUUCUGCAUUUGCUACAUACGGUUUGGGUGUGGUUCAUGACUCUGCAAAAAGAGGAACUGGUGAUGCCCUCAGAUAAAAUCAGCAUUUUUAAGCAAAUACUGCUAUUUUUUAGACAAAAACUGAAAAUAUUUUGUGCUAAUGUUCACCACACAAGGGACACAGAACUCUCCAUCUGAUCCAGAUUGGUCCUUUUUGGGAAUAUGAUUAAUUUAUACAAUGGACAGUUAAUAGAAUGAUAUUUCUGAUACGUUUUAUAGACUUAUCUGUGGUCAGUGAUGAACCUCAAAUGUAUCAGAGGUGGACAUAACUGGCUGACCCCUGAAAUUUAAAGGCCUUUCAUGAGUGAUUGUGACUUCAGGGGUGUUUCAUCUCUUAAGUACUAACAGUUCUCUAAACACAAACUGCCAAAGGUUAAAAAAACAAAACAGUUUUGACGUCACUAAUGGAGCUGUGGCUUCAAGUUUUAGCCCACAAAAAGAGAAGUCCUGAGAUUAUUUUCUUCCUCUAGAAGCAGAUACAGCUACGUUUACAACUAAAACAUACUGAUUGUCCUUAAAUGGCCCAGUAACACACACUCCUGAAAUGAUUUUCAGGUCUUUUGAUAAACAAACUAGCAUUAGAAAACAACUAAAUCUAAGUUAUCAAUGCUUUAAGUGCUGUUAAAAGUUGUCUUACAUCAUUAUUGUUGCAUAAAACUAAAUAAAUAGGUUUAGAAAUGCAAAGUGUCCAUGUAUAACUCUUGACAUACAGCAUAUAUGAUGGUACCUAAAAGUGUAAUCAAAGAUAGGAGCCACCGUCUUUGUGGUAAGUAAAUUAAUGCACAGAUUUUAUAUCACAUGAUCAACUAGAUUUAAUAGAGCUUUUAAUCAUUUUUUCCAGAUAAAAUAUUAUUUUCUGUUCUGUUGUGAUGAUUGUGUCAAACCAGAGCUCUUAAAACAUGUUGAUUUGCUACUGAUGAGCUACUCAUAGUUGUUACUGGAGUUAUUAAUUCAUUGUAUUAAGUAUUUAUUGAUCAGUACCCCUCCUCUCACUAUGAAAAGCAGAGCACACAGCUGAACCUGAACCCUUUGCUGUAAGAUUCAAAUGACUCUAAUUUCACUGCGGCCUUUAUAAUCUUCAUUAGCUAUGCCUUCUUUAAGGCAAAUGACUCCCACUGUUUUUACACUUGAAAUAAAACAGCAGCCAGCAAUGAAACUGGAGAGAAAUCGGUCUUAUGAGUGUUAUUCACAUUUUAUUUUCAUUUGACAGGCAGUACCCUCUUUUGCCCACAAGGUGGCACCCACGUAUCAGAAGUGUGUGGCUUCGCAGCAACAUUUGUGAGCUGUUGUCUCCAUCUGUGAUGUUGAAUUUCAGCAUUAAAUAGUGACACACAGGUGUUCACUUAUUGGGCAGGUUGAAAUUGAGCUUUUCUGGGAAUAAUAUACCUCACUAAAUCGUAAUUUUGAAUAAAAAUUAUGUUUUGUUUCUAACAAAAUUGAUAGGCAAAUGAGGCACACACACUUCUGAGCAGAGGUCUAAUCAGGCAACAGAAGUGAAAUAGCUUCACCUGUUGUAAGAGUUGCUUCUUGAUUGCAGCACACAAGCGCUUCCAACCUUUUUUUAUUUACUAAAACAUUUUGUCAACUACUUUAUCUUGCAGUAAAAUGAGUUGAGACAUUGAUUGCUGCAUUUAGCAGAAUAUUAAAUCGCAAAUAUUUUGAUAAUUCAUUAUUAAAUGAUGUAAAUUUUCCUGUUGCGUGUAAGGAAUUUCUGCCUUGCUGUCUUACAUGAUAGUAAUUUGAAUAUCUUUUAGGUUUUGGACCGUUAUUUUAAACCAGUUGUGUGAGAAGUACACAGAACCUUUGCUUAAGUAAAAGUAGUAAUACUACAGCGUAAAAAUACACGUAAAAGUCCUGCAUUCAAAAUCUUACUUGAGUAAAAGUACAAAAGUAUUAGAAUCAAAAUAUAUAAAUCAAAAGUAUGUAUUAUUAUGCAGAAAAGCCCAUGUCAGAAUAAUAUAUAUUAUUGGAUUAUAAUUAUUGAUGCAUUACAAUAUUGCAGCUGGUUAUGGUAUGGCAAAUAUUAUAUACUUAACUGCUGGAAAGCUUAAUCUACAAUGAUUUUAUUAGUUGAUUCAGAUUAUUAAUAGAAAAUAUAAAUAUGUAAAGUAACUAAAGCUGUCAGAUAAGUGUAUUGGAGUAAAAAGUACAAUAUUUCCCUCAAGAAAAGUACAAGUACCUCAACAUUGUACUUAAGUACAGUACUUACAACACUGUUUUUCACUAUUUUCAGAUUUUUUAUAGACCAAACAAUUAAUAAAUCAUUCAAGGAAAGUAGUUUCCUGCCUUAAAUAUGGGUUUGUUACCAUAAACAGGGAGCAACUUCAGAGAACACAAGAACGAGACGGGAGACAACGGUGUCACGAUAAUAAAAAAUAUCGGUUUUACUAGAGAAGGUUACAAAAAUCAUCACUAUAUAGGAGUCAUAGAACUAUUUCCAACUUAAAAAAUCAAACCAUAAUGAAACACCUACAGGGACUACAAUGCCAUCAAAGUACAAUGGAGUUUUCUUUAGAAAAGAGUGGGUGGAGAGGAAGGGGUUGGGGGGGGGGGCAAACACCGCCUACCAUAGUUGUCAGUACAAUUGACUACACAUCACCUGAAAAAACUGCAAAGACACAGUCAUGUCUCCUUCAUGCAAAUAACGAGGAAACGACAACACCCUGACACGCAUCGUCUUAUAGGAAAUUGAAGUUUGCCUUUACAUCAACCUGGUGGCAAAGCACGUAUAUUUAUCAAACAUAACACACAUGGCAAUAUAGUCCUUUUUUUAUACAGAAUAGACAGCUGCACACAUGGACGAUACUGACAUGCUUCAUCUCAUCAAAUAUUUGUCUUCAGUGUUUUUUUUUUU